AGAUCAUACUUCAUAACUUCAUACAGCAAAACACCAGCUCGCUCUCGCUCUCGCUCUCUCGCUCUCUCUCUUACCUAAAAACUCCCAAACACAAAAAUCAUCAAAUUUUCUUAGAACCAGCUGAUCGUCGUCCGAAUCCUAAUUCAACAAUCAGUCGAUAUCCUUUCUUUCAAUCGCCAUCUUCUUCUACCUCUCGAUCCGUUGCCAUUGUCAAAUUAUCGAAAACCCUAAUCAUUUUCUUUAAUAUUUCGCAAAAAAAAAAAAAACAAUCAAUCAUCGUCGAUUUGGGGGAGGAGGAAAAAAAGAGACCAUCAAUCUUUAUUAUUCCAGAUUAUAAUCAAUUUUAAUCGAUUUUUGAUCUGGGUUUCCGAUUCUAAUUUUGUCGUAUCGGAGUUUUGUUAUUGGUGUUCUUGUGAAAAAUCUUAUUUUUCCUCAUAUCCCCAAGCGUAAAACGCAAUCUUUUGAUUUUAUUCGGAACUUUAGUUUGCGGUUUAGUUUAAUCGAAUUAGAUUUUCAUUUUAUUGAUCCCCAUUGCAAAUCUUGUUUUUGCAUAAACUAAAUAAUCUUUGCCAAAUUAUAGGUUUGUGCAUAGGUGUAUACUGCGAUUUGCAUAUAGAAGUUUGUUUUCGUAUAAAAAGAACACAAAGCAAAACCCUGGGUCUUUUCGAGAACUUCGAAAAUAUUUGGAGUGCAUUUCAUAUCGAGUUUCUGAAGAAAGAUGGUCGGUGGUGGAAACAGAAAGGAUGAUCCGAUAGCAAUUAACAGCACGAACGUUUUUGCUGCUCUUGGAAGUCUAAAGAAGAAGAAGAAGUCUGAUAAAGAGCAGGGUUCUUCGAAGAAGGGAAGUAGUUCAAAGAAGAAGCAGGAUAAGGAGAGCAAAGCGGAGAAGGAGCAGGUUUUCUGGGCUCCGGCGCCGUUAACGGUGAAAUCAUGGGCGGAUGUGGACGAUGAAGAUGAUGAUGAUUACUAUGCAACCACAGCUCCGCCUCCUGUUUGGGGCGCCGGUGCUGGAAUGCAACAAGACAAGGUUAAAGGAAAUGAGACUCCAGUUGAGGAAAGUGAAAGUGAAGAUGAAGGUGUUGAUGAAAUUGAUGAUGAGAAUGAUGAAGAAAACGAUCAUGAAGCAGAAAAAGAAAAAGAAAAAGAAAAAGAAGGUGUUGCUGAAAAAGAGGUUAUUGUGCCUAAAGACAAUGACAGACAACUCUCGAAGAAGGAAAUAAAGAAGAAAGAACUUGCUGAACUUGAAGCAGUUCUUGCAGAAUUAGGCUUAUCUGAAACCACAUCCCAAGAAGAUCCCCAUAGUGGGACCCAAGAGAAGCAAAAUGGAGAAGAGGAGAAGAAAGACAAAAACGCCCCUAGUGGCGAGAGCAAAAGUUCCAAAAAGAAGAAGAAGAAAGACAAGUCUUCUAAAGAGACCAAAGACUCCAAUUCUGUGGCAUCAGAAGAGAAGGUGGAAGGCUUAUCUGGAGUUGAUGUGAAAGAGAAGUUGAAGAAGGUGGCUGCUGCUAAAAAGAAGAAAUCUUCUAACAAGGAAAUGGAUGCUGCCGCUAGAGCUGCCGCCAGUGAGGCGGCGGCAAGGACUGCCAGGCUGGCGGCUGCUAAGAAGAAGGAGAAGAACCACUAUAACCAGCAGCCUGUGAGGUAAGUGUGGUGUCAUAUGAUAUGCUUUUAAGUCAGAGCAUGGAUCGUUAAUAAACCUUUUGUUCUUUUUUUUUUACAUAGCGAUAUUUUUGGUUUUUGAAUUUGGAAAUUACUAGAGAUUUUAGGGAUUUUAUCAGACUUUUGUUUUAAAGAUUUAUUCCUUGUGUAGAGAGAGUAGAAACACCUAUGGAUGUUCAUGUUGCUAAAUCUUGAUUUUUUGGUUCGUGGA